AUGAAGAAGAUCUGCAGAUUAGAGCUUCUAAGUGCUAAAAAGAUUCGAUCUUUCAGCUCCAUUCGAGAAGAGGAGCUUAGUCGUAUUACUAAGGUUUUUGAAUCGAAAGCCGGAGUCAACUUCACGGAAAUGACUGUGGAGAUGGUGAAUAAUGUGAUAUGCAAGGCUAUGUUGGGAUAUUCUUACAAAGACCAGGCUACACUGAUCGAGCUAUUGCUUGAUGUGUUGAAAACUUUGAGUGCUUUCAAUCUAGCAUCGUAUUAUCCCCGUCUACAGUUUCUUAACGUGAUUUUGGGGAAGAAAGCCAAGUGGUUGAAGAUUCAUAAAAAGCUUGAUGGCAUCUUGGAAGAUGUGUUAAAGGAACAUAGAGCUAGAGGAAGAAACAAUAACCAUCAGGAAGAUCUAGUUGAUGUCCUGUUGAGGGUGAAGGAGACCGGUGACAUGGAUUUCAAGCUCACGGACGAACAUGUCAAAGCCAUUGUUAUGGAUAUGUUGGCUGCUGGAACUGAUGCAUCUUCGACAACACUUGAAUGGGAGAUGGCGGAACUCAUGAGGAACCCUCAGAUUAUGAAGAGAGCACAGGCAGAAGUGAGAUCAGCGGUGAAGGGAGACACAAUCACGGAAACCGAUGUACAGAGUUUGCAUUACCUGAAACUAAUAGUAAAGGAAACAUUGAGGUUACAUGCUCCUACACCAUUGUUAGUACCCAGAGAAUGCCGGCAUGACAUCAACGUCGGCGGAUAUGAUAUUCCGGCCAAGACUAAGAUAAUAGUAAGCGCCUGGGCUUGUGGAACAGACCCUGAUAGUUGGGAAGAUGCCGAAAGCUUCUUUCCAGAGAGAUUUGAGAACUGCCCGAUCAAUUACAUGGGUGCAGAUUUUGAGUUCAUUCCAUUUGGUGCUGGCCGGAGAAUUUGCCCAGGAAUCAGGGCGGAUCUUCUUUAA